AUGGCAACCUCGACUCCGGCUCCAGCGUCGACGCUGCAGAUCGACCUCACCACCGUCCUCUCACUGCUGGGCACCAUCGCGGUGUUGGCGACGGCCUACGGGCUGUCGCUGCGGCUGCUGCCGCGCAGCAGCGGAGCCAAAGCCCGCAUCCUCUUCGUCUGGCACCUGUUCGACGCGCUGAUCCACUUCGUAUUCGAAGGCUCCUUCCUCUGGAACUGCUUCUGCGUGCAUUGGAUCCCGCCGCCCACUCCCGCGCCCUUAUCGCCCUACUCCGUCGCAGCCGCCGCGGCCGCCGCCGGCACCGCUGCCGCAAACCCGAGCCUCACGCCCGCGCCCAGCCCGACCAACUUCCUCAUACUCACGCCGCCGGACGUGUAUUUCUUGGGACGGAACGACACGCUGUUCGGCGCGGCGUACGGGACGGGCCCGUUCAGCAAGCUGUGGCAGGAGUACGCCAAGGCGGACCGCCGCUGGGGCGGCGCGGACCUCACGGUCAUCAGCAUCGAGCUGCUGACCGUCUUCGUGGCCGGGCCGAUGGCGCUGUGGUGCGCGGAGAUGGUGCGGAGGGGCGAGUGGUAUGCCGGGAGACAGGGGAUGGAAGGCCGCAAGUGGUUUUGGAUGAUCGUGCUGGCGACGGGAGAGCUGUAUGGGGGUUUCAUGACUUUUGCACCUGAAUGGCUCUCCGGCUCCACGAAUCUGGAUACUUCGAAUUUUAUGUUCAAGUGGGUCUACCUAUUCUUCUUCAAUACACUGUGGGUCUGGCUCCCGCUGUGGAUCAUGUAUGAGGCCUACCAGGGUAUCACUAGUUCCCUGUCACAGAAGGAGGUUGUCAACGUCAUAAGCUACCUUGAAAAGAAGGCAGAUUAA